CUGGAAAUCUAAGCGGAGGUUGUUCAUCUCUUGUUGGUUUCGUACUCUUGGUCAAUUUUAUCGGCGUGGUCGAAGUGUGAAAGAAAUAAUUUACUUGAAAGCACCGAGAAGUAAUUUUUGACAAGAAAAAAAGCCACAAAAUGCAACCUCAAAUUAUCCUACUGAAAGAAGGUACGGAUGCCUCUCAAGGAAAGCAACAGUUGAUAUCCAAUAUAAAUGCAUGCCAGAUUGUUGUGGAUGCUGUUAGGACCACUUUGGGUCCUCGCGGCAUGGAUAAGCUUAUAGUGGAUCAGAAUGGGAAGAGUACCAUCUCCAAUGAUGGUGCUACCAUCUUAAAACUGCUGGAUAUUAUUCAUCCAGCUGCAAAGAUCUUGGUGGAUAUUGCAAAAUCACAGGAUGUAGAAGUAGGAGAUGGUACGACCAGCGUUGUUUUGUUGGCAGGAGAAUUUUUGAAGCAAAUGAAACCAUUCAUAGAAGAAGGUGUGCAUCCACGCAUAAUAAUCAAAGCACUUCGUCGUGCAUUGCGAUUAGCUGUGGACAAGAUAAACGAGCUGAGUGUAAAAAUAGACAAAAGCGAUCUCAGUAAGCAUAUAAAUCUCCUGGAAGAAUGCGCAGCUACAUCGAUGAGCUCGAAACUGAUACACCAGCAGAAGAAACACUUCAGCGAACUGGUCGUUAAAGCUGUCUUGAUGUUGGAUGACUUGCUUCCGCUCAACAUGAUCGGCAUUAAGAAGGUCUCCGGUGGUGCAUUGGAAGAUUCGGAACUAAUCCAAGGAGUUGCCUUCAAAAAGACCUUCUCUUACGCCGGAUUCGAAAUGCAGCCGAAGAAGUAUCAGUCGUGCAAGAUCGCGCUGCUGAACAUAGAGUUGGAACUGAAGGCUGAGAGGGACAACGCAGAGGUGCGCGUAGAUAACGUGGCAGAAUAUCAGCGGAUCGUCGACGCCGAGUGGCAGAUACUUUACAACAAACUCGAUCAAAUUCAUAAGAGCAGCGCAAAAGUUGUACUAUCGAAGUUGCCGAUUGGCGAUGUCGCGACGCAAUAUUUUGCGGAUAGAGACAUGUUCUGCGCCGGCAGAGUCCCCGACGAAGACCUCAAGAGGACGAUGAAAGCGUGCGGCGGCGCGAUCUUGUCAACGGUGCAUGACAUCAAGGAAUCCGAUCUCGGUCAAUGCCAGACCUUCGAGGAGAAGCAGAUUGGUGGCGAGAGAUUCAAUAUCUUCUGCGAAUGCUCACGAGCGAAAACAUGUACGUUCAUUUUGCGCGGUGGCGCUGAGCAAUUCCUCGAAGAAACUGAAAGAUCUCUCCAUGACGCAAUCAUGGUCGUCAGACGCAUGGUAAAGAAUGAUGCAGUGGUUGGUGGCGGUGGCGCGAUCGAAAUGGAGCUCUCCAAGACCCUGCGCGAUUAUUCUCGCACCAUCGCCGGUAAAGAGCAGCUUCUGAUCGGGGCGAUUGCGAGAGCUCUCGAAGUUAUACCGAGGCAACUCUGUGACAACGCCGGCUUCGACGCGACAAAUAUUCUGAAUAAGCUACGUCAAAAACAUCACAUGGGCAUGCAUUGGUACGGCGUAGACAUUAACUCAGAGGACAUUGCGGACAACAUGCAAGACUGCGUCUGGGAGCCCGCGGUAGUGAAGAUCAACGCGCUGACCGCCGCGACCGAGGCCGCGUGUCUCAUACUAUCCGUCGACGAAACUAUCAAGAACCCAAAGAGCACUCAGGAUGCGCCGCCGAUGGGGCGCGGUAUGGGCAGACCCAUGUAAUGUCGAACAGAGUUGGGCAAGGCCGCGAACCAGAAGUGCGAAACAAGAAAUUAAACUUUUCAUUUGUCAUCGUAAAGUAAUCUUUUUACCCAAUCGAAAGUUCGUGAAAUAUAUUUGCGAGCAAAAUUUUAUUCGGGUGAUUACUUGUAUUAUUUAUGCAUUUCUAUCAUGCAAUUCUGUCUAAGCUUUCAAUCGCUCGAAUUAAUCAAAUUUAAUAUUUGUUAUUCACAUAGAAAAAUUUUCCAUGGAAUAGAUAAUUGU